UUUUGACCUUUCGUUUUCUGGAUCUAGGGUUUCCCUUCUGAGUUCGACGACUUAUUCUCCAAAUUAUCAUCUUCACGAUCAUCACCAUCAUCAAAAAACCCUGGCUAGCACCACGCGAAUUACAAAAAAGGAUCACCAGUUACCUAUCGCGCAAACCGAGGAGGUCUAGGGUUUUGAAUUAUUCAUCUUCAAUUCUUCAUCACCACCAUCACCAACACCACCACCAUCAUCAUCAAUCACAGAUCUAAUAUUUUUCCUGGAAACAAAAGUGCCUAAAUUUUUUAUAUCUCUGAUAAUGCAAAAAUCGGAUGAAUCUAAAGCAUUCUUGAACGACGAUGAAUAUUUUUCCUGGAGGAAGAAAUAUGUAUAAAUCGGUGGUGUAUCAAGGGGAGGUGAUAUUGGGGGAAGUAGAAAUAUACCCAGGAGAGAACAAGAACAUCGAUGUGAAGGAAAUCAGAAUAAGUCACUUCUCGCAACCGAGUGAGAGGUGCCCACCACUUGCUGUGCUUCAUACCAUUACCUCAUGUGGUGUUUGCUUCAAAAUGGAGUCAAAGACCUUGCAGGCACAAGACGCGCUCUCUUAUUUGCACUCCUCAUGUAUCAAGGAGAACAAGACUGCUGUGAUGCCACUAUGUGGUGAAGAAUUACAUUUGGUUGCAAUGCAACCACGAAGCAAUGGCAAAGCGUGUUUCUGGGGAUUUGUUGUCGCACCAGGACUUUACAAUUCAUGUCUAGUCAUGUUAAAUCUUAGGUGUCUGGGAAUAGUGUUUGAUCUCGAUGAAACCCUUAUAGUUGCAAAUACAAUGCGCUCGUUUGAAGAUCGAAUUGAAGCACUCCAGAGAAAAUUGAGCACAGAGGUAGAUCCGCAGCGGAUUUCUGGUAUGCUGGCAGAGGUCAAACGCUAUCAAGAUGACAAAAUUAUAUUGAAGCAAUACGCUGAAAAUGAUCAGGUUGUUGAUAAUGGAAAAGUGAUAAAAAUUCAAUCAGAACUUGUCCCGUCGUAUUCUGACAGUCAUCAGCCUCUAAUCCGACCAUUGAUACGGUUACAGGAAAAGAACAUUAUUCUGACCCGCAUAAAUCCACAGAUUCGUGAUACAAGUGUACUUGUAAGGCUAAGACCUGCAUGGGAAGAUCUUCGGAGCUACUUGACUGCAAGAGGGCGCAAGCGUUUUGAGGUGUAUGUUUGUACAAUGGCUGAAAGGGAUUAUGCACUGGAAAUGUGGAGGCUUCUUGAUCCAGAUUCAAAUCUGAUAAAUUCCAAAGAGCUUUUAGAUCGCAUUGUGUGUGUCAAGUCUGGUUUGAAGAAGUCUCUGUUCAAUGUCUUCCAAGAUGGCUUCUGCCAUCCUAAAAUGGCAUUGGUAAUUGAUGAUCGCUUGAAAGUGUGGGAAGAGAAAGAUCAACCUCGUGUGCAUGUUGUCCCUGCAUUUGCUCCAUACUAUGCACCUCAAGCUGAAGCAAGCAAUGCUGUCCCUGUCUUGUGUGUUGCAAGAAAUGUUGCUUGCAAUGUUAGGGGUGGUUUCUUUAAAGAAUUUGAUGAUGGUCUGUUACAAAAGAUUCCUCAAAUUGCUUAUGAAGAUGAUAUCAAAGAUAUCCCUUCUCCACCUGAUGUGAGCAAUUAUUUAGUUUCAGAGGAUGAUGCUCUCGCUACCAAUGGAAACAAAGACUCACUUUCAUUUGAUGGCAUGACAGAUGCUGAGGUGGAAAGAAGAUUAAAGGAUGCAAUAUCAGCUUCUCCAGCAGCCCCUCCAACAAGUUCUAAUAUAGAUCCCAGGCUCACUUACAGUAUGGCGUCUUCUUCUGGUUCAUUUCCUCCACCGACAGCCCAAGCAUCCUUGAUGCAAUUGGCCAAUGUACAGUUCCCUCUUGUUAAGCCGAUGGGUCAAGUUGCCCCUCCAGAACCUAGUUUACACAGUUCUCCUGCUAGAGAAGAGGGUGAGGUGCCUGAAUCAGAGUUAGACCCAGAUACAAGGCGUAGGCUUCUUAUAUUGCAGCAUGGGCAAGAUACAAGAGAUACGUCAAGUGAGCCUCCAUUUCCCCUCAGGCCUCCCAUUCCAGUGUCUGCACCACGCAUGGUGCCACGUGGGGGAUGGUUUCCUGUAGAAGAUGAAAUGGGUCCUCAGCAAUUGAACCGGGUAGUUCCUAAAGAUUUCCCUGUGGAUUCUGAACCAUUGCGUAUUGAAAAGCACCGACCUCAUCAUCCAUCAUACUUCCCCAAGAUUGAGAGUUCUAUUUCUUCUGAUAGAAUUCAUCAUGAAAGCCAAAGAUUGUCAAAGGAGGUAUAUGCUAGAGAUGAUCGCUCCAGAUUAAACCAUGCACUCUCCACUUCUCAUUCCUUCUCAGGUGAAGAUAUUCCCUUGAGUAGGCCGUCUUACAGCUUGAGGGAUCUUGACUCUGAAUCUGGACGUUCUCUUCUGCAUGCUGAUACUCCUGCUGGAGCAAUGAAAGAAAUUGCAAUGAAGUGUGGAACUAAGGUGGAGUUCAGGCCAUCAUUGGUUUCCAGUAAAGAAUUGCACUUCUCAUUUGAGGCAUGGUUUGCUGGGAAAAAAACUGGCGAAGGAGUGGGAAGAACUAGAAGGGAAGCACAAAAUAAGGCUUGUGAGGAUUCCCUUAAACACUUGGCCGAUAUGUAUAUCUCCCGUUGUAAGGCUGAUUCUGGUUCCAAUUAUGGGGAUUCUAGCAUAUAUCCUAAUGCAAAUGACAAUGGUUUUGUGGGUAAUGUUAAUUCUUUGCCUAAAGAAGAGCCUAUAUUUUCAACUGGAUCAGAGUCUUCAAGAGUUUUAGAUCCCAGGUUUGAUGUCUCUAAGAGGUCAAUGGGUUCAAUCUCUGCACUCAAAGAAUUGUGUAUGAUGGAGGGUCUUGGUGUAAGCUUUCAACAACAGCCUACUCCAGUGUCAACAAAUUCAGUUCAGAAAGACGAAGUACAUGCACAGGUUGAAAUAGAUGGUCAGGUAUUUGGCAAAGGGAUAGGACUAACAUGGGAUGAGGCUAAAAUGCAGGCUGCUGAGAAGGCACUUGGAAGUCUAAGAACAAUGCUUGGUCAAUGCACUCAAAAACGACAGGGUUCUCCAAGGUCCAUGCAGGGAUUUUCAAAUAAACGCUUGAAACAAGAAUACCCUCGCACAAUGCAGCGAAUUCCAUCCUCUGCUAGAUUUCCAAGGAAUGCUCCUCCCGUUCCUUGACACGAACUAAUGCAUUUUUUCCAUCUCGCUAAUCGAUGUGGCUGGUGUUGGGGCAUGUACAUGAUUGUCAGAGACAUCAAUAUGAAGAAUGACUGUUGGGUUGGACUGCUGCUGAUUUAAAGCCAGUGUUGGCCUCUCAGUCUUUUCUUUCUGUCACUGAAUCCAAACCCACGUUAGAGCUCCCACUUUAUUAUCAGUUUCAAAACCCUCACUAAAGUGAGGUUGACAUAGGCGCGUACCCGGAAAGAAUGUGUAAGAUGUUCUCACAUCUUGGUCCUCCUCCCAGGAAAUGCAAGGGCCAUUUGUGUUUCUCUGCCAAAUGCUUUAAAACGGUUCACCAGAAAGUGAGGGUGUGCCUGAGAGCGUCUUGCCCCUGUUCUUUUAUUCUUCGGCUAAGUGCACUUUGUAGCAGCACAUAUUUAGUGAGACCGAGCAUUGGCAUUUUGGAGGUAAGGUACGCGGCUCGCCAUGUUGAUCAAUACCUGUUUCUGUUCUAGCGAUGCUUGGAGAAAGUAGUUUUCACUAACCUAACCAACAGGUCCUUUGACUUGGUGAUUAUGCAUAUCCAUGUAACUUAUACUGAUGUAACACAGCUUUUCAUUUGUGAAAAUCCACGAAUUUUUUUUCCUCCUUCAA